GUUCGAGAAGCUGGACAUCACCCCCAAGAGCGCCCAGAAGCUGAAGCCUGUGCUGGAGAAGUGGCUGCGUGAGGCUGAGCUGCGGCAGCGCGAGGGACAGCAGCACCUGCUGGAGUUCGUGGGGGGAGAGCCCGGCAAGAAGAGGAAGAGGAGAACCUCCUUCACCCCCCAGGCCCUGGAGGCUCUCAACGCCCACUUCGAGCGCAACGCGCUGCCCACGGGCCCCGAGAUCACGCGCAUUGCGCAGGAGCUGCGCUACGACCGCGAGGUCGUGCGUGUCUGGUUCUGCAACCGCCGCCAGACCCUCAAGAACACCAGUAAGCUCAACGUCUUCCAUGUGCCCUGA